GCGACACCAAUUUCCGUUGUCCGAAAAAAACUUCAGGGAUAUGUCGGCUUCGCUAACCUUCCAAACCAGGUCCAUAGGAAGUCCGUGAAAAAGGGAUUUCACUUCACAAUAAUGAUAGUUGGCGAAUCCGGUCUGGGUAAAUCAACCCUUGUUAACACUUUAUUCGGUACAACCCUUUAUCCUAAUAAAACUGAUGCCGAACCAUCGGACGAAACACCAAAGACCGUAGAAAUCCAAUCUCUCUGCGCAGACAUUGAAGAAAAUGGAGUUAAAUUAAGGCUUACAGUUGUGGAUACCCCUGGAUUUGGCGAUUUUGUCAACAACGAGGAAAGCUGGAAACCAAUUCUCGAAAACAUCGAAGCUCGUUUUGAUGCAUACCUCGAGCAAGAAAAUCGUGUGAACCGCCGUAAGAUGGUUGAUAACCGUGUGCAUGCUUGCAUUUACUUUAUCGCACCCACCGGCCAUUCGCUCAAACCUUUGGACGUAGAAUUCAUGAGACGGCUACAUACCAAAGUUAACCUCAUCCCUGUUAUUGCCAAGUCCGAUACAUUAACCGAAGAUGAAAUCAAACAAUUCAAACAACGUAUUCUAGACGAUAUUGCUUACCACAAAAUUCAAAUUUAUCAAGCUCCACAAUAUGAAUACGAUGAUCAAGAGACCGUAGCCGAAAAUCGAGAAAUAAUAAGCAAAAUCCCGUUUGCAAUUGUUGGUAGUGACAAGGAAGUAGAACUCCCAGAUGGUCGCCGCGUCCGUGGACGUAAAUACCCAUGGGGUGUUAUUGAAGUUGACAACGAAGAACACAACGACUUUGUCAAACUUCGACAAAUGUUGAUUCGAACUCACAUGGAAGAACUCAAAGAAUAUACUAAUGAUGUUCUAUAUGAGAACUAUCGCUCCGAGAAACUUGUCACCAUGGGAGUACAGCAAGAUCAAACGGUAUUUAAGGAAGUAAACCCACUUGCCAAGAUGGAAGAAGAGCGUCAAUUACACGAGGCCAAAUUACAAAAGAUGGAGACUGAAAUGAAGAUGGUAUUCCAACAGAAAGUCCAAGAGAAGGAGGCUAAAUUGAAACAAUCCGAAGAUGAAUUAUACGCUCGUCACAAGGAGAUGAAAGAUGCACUGGAGAAACAACGUCUAGAAUUAGAGGAAAAGAAGAAGCGAUUGGAGUCUGGUAGACCGCUUACCCCCGAAAAAGGAAAGAAGAAGGGUGGUUUCCCAUUUAAUAAAUAA